GUGAGAGGAAGCAGGCAGCAAGAUGCAGGGUCUUGUAAAGCAGUGUGGGAGACACAAGGAAAAUGACUUUGCUGUCACCAACCAAAUGAUCCUCUCCUUCUCUGAGCUGAAGACCCCUACAUUAUCUGUGGAGACAGAACAAAGGAGUGGAAACUUGGUUUGGAGUGAGACUUGGUUUUGAAUCUGCCUCUGGCAAUGGUGGCAAGGCCCAGAGCUGGCUUUGGACGUUGACCUGAGGACCCCAAGGUGCCCAAGUCCCUGGGGGAGUGUUCAGAGGAGGCUGUGACCUCCUAGAGCCCCAUGGAGCCAGGGACCUGUCUCUGGUUGCUGCUACUUCUCUUGCUGCUGUUCUAUUUCUCAGCCUCCCAGGCAGAGGAUGUGUAUACAACAGUCCGUCACCGAGAAGGAGAGACACUGUCUGUUCAAUGCUCCUACACUGUCCGUUCUGACCGAUGGGAGGGCAAGGUCUGGUGCAAGGUGAGAAGGAAGAAGUGUGACUCAAGGUUCAGUCGGGGUGCAGGAUUUAGCCCCCCCUACAAGCUCCAUGAUGACUCCCAGGCCGGGCUCCUCAUUGUCACCAUGGAGAGACUUCGGCACCAAGAUUCUGGGAAAUACUGGUGUAUGAGGAAUAGCUCACGCUCACUAUACCCCGUGAAGGGUAUUCAGCUGGUGGUCUCGCGAGCACCUUCAACUGAGAGAAACAGCCCACUUAUUACAAAGGAAGCCUCCAUCCAGGAACUAGACCACACCUUUAGGACUGCUGUCACCACUGGCCCAUUCCUCACUAAGAGCAAGGACCUGCCCAUGGUUGUUCCUAUCACUACUUCUAUACCUGCCUUUAUGGGUACGAUGCCAGCUGACACAGCUACUCUCCCUACAAUGGCCAGAUCAAUGACCACUAUAUCUAGAGUGAAGAUGAGAUUCACACCAGUCACCAGACCCAUAACCACUGCCACAUUAAGGAUGACCACAAGAUCCUCAGCAACUAGUGGAUCUCCUUGCAAGUCAAGAUCCACCCGCGUUGCCCCAGUGAUGUUGGUCACAGUCAAGGCCAGAUCUUCUGGUACCGUAUCCACCACCAUCAGAUCAUACCCCAAGGAAUUAACUCCUAACAGUUUCCACAACUCCAGCCUCACUGGUUCCAUGUUGUUGGGAGGAAGUUUCACCAUCCUGAUGUUUUCAGUUGUAUUCUAUGUCCUAUGGAGAAAGAAACGCAUGGGAAUUUAUUAUGUAUAAGAUGGUCCAGUUUUAUCCUGGUCCUACAGGCCUGAAGAGCUGGAAACCUCAGAAGCAGGCUAAAGUAGUCUGAGACAACCCUGUCCCAGCCACUAUGGAAGGAAGAUCCUCUUCCAGCUGGUCUUCCGGUGCUGUACUCAGCGGAGAGGAAGAUGGUUAAUGAAGAGUUGACUUCAGGGUCCAGUGGGAUGAGAAUCCAUCCCUGCUCCUGGAUUCAGAGGAUGGCCAGCUAUUGUAGGAGGAUUUGGGUAAUACUAGGGGGUGUAUUUGCCUUUAAGCAAGGGGUGAGAAAACUUGGUGUCCAGCCCAUUGCUUAUGGGGCACAGGAGUAGAGCAGCAACCCAGACAGCCUGCUCAGCUUGAGAAAAGUCCAUUGUGACCUUUUGCAGGCUGGGGGCUAGACUAGACACAAUAUUGAAGUCUUUUCUAGCACUACCUCCUGAAGAUCUUGAGCCUUCUCUUAGUUGGCAGAAUCUCCUAGAAAGGAUUCUAGAACAGAACAGUCCUGGAACAAUGCUCCUUAAAAUGAUACCAGAUGGAUCCCUUUCAUUCUGCCCACAAUGAGAGGUCUUGAUUACAUAAAUCCUAAUGGAUAGCAGUUGAAAUCUGGCCUCAGACACUUACCAGCUGUGUGACCCUGGGCAAGUCACUUAACCCUGUUU